CUCGCUCGAGCUGCUCAAGCAAACGAAGCUAAGUUCAUAUGCACGACGAUGGCCGUCUCGAACUCGCCAACUUCAGCCCCGCAUCGUCGACUGAAUAACCCUAGACGCGGCCGUCGUCCAAGCCUGAUGAUACUAUGCUCGUUUCCACCCUUGAUCCGAGUUUAAAGAUCGCCAGUGCGGCAAUCGCCAGCCAGCCUGUGCACGCCCUGUUCGCGCUUUCAGAGCCCAGAUUUCCUUCGGCACGGAAGCUCGUCAGGCUCAUCCUUGCAAGGAGAGACGGCAAGCAACCGCUCGGUCGAAGAGAACCAAUGCACCGGCUCCCGGAGAGAGUUGUCUUCAAGUCAUGAUUGCCCGGACGAAGCUUUAACGAGCCCACUUCGACUCUGCUAAGGCUCCACCUCGUUUAGUAAAGACACGUCGACUUCAUAGAUCAGACUGAACUGCUAUCACACCAUUUGUUGCCGUGGGAUUCAUGAGAUCCUUUCGUGCGUCGACCGUCUUUGUCGCUGCGUCUUCACGUCUGUGCACUACUGUUGGCCAGAAACCUAUGGUCGAGUGCAUCCGAAUCAAAUUGAUUCCUCUUGCAAACUGCCAAAGUUCGAUAGUUCGAGAUCGUCAUCAGUACAUUGCACUUCCUGGAUCCUACGCACGUGCAACUGAGACAAAACCGCAAGCCGUCAAAUAAACUUAUCCAGGGACGGCUACCAGCCGUUUGUGUAGGAGAUUUUCAGCUUGAUCUAGCUGACAAGCUCGCCGUGCUCGAACUGAUAAAUUCUCCGAUACAGGAGUACGGCAUUGAUGACAUCGGUCCUAGUCACCGCAAGGAAAUUAAUCCACGAGUUUCCGGUGGCAUCGAUAAUUCCCGAUUGAAGCAGCCUCCGAUCAGCCAUCAAAAACGUGCGCCGCUGUGUUUUCGGAACAAAAUAUUUCAAAGCCAUCCAAAGAUUAGCCAAGAGAGAAUGUUUAACUUGUUCAAAUGCCACUAGCUCUGUUGUCAUUCAACAGAGAGACUCUGCUAGGGGUUUGGGUGCUUCUUGGAGCCUCUUAAUUUGCUGUUCGAGUACCAGCAGUCUACGCAAGGGCAUUUCUCCCGCUUCGACUUUGUGCAUCAACAUUGAUAAAAUGGACACUCCCAUGGGAAAUUCCUAUGAAGGGCAACAUAAUCGCCACGCAUUGCCAGCCUCCACCCAUGAGACGUCAUCAGUCUCAUCGACUAGCUCGGCCCAUAUCUUGCUCCCUCCACCGUCAACUCUACAUCCUCCACCAACGCGGACUCUUCCUGAACCGAUAAUUCAGACCCCACUGACUACUAGGUCUCCUGUGGGCUUCGGUGGCCCCGAUCUCAGGUAUCACCCUUACGCUGCUUCUUCUGGAUCGCCCAGCAGCGUCAGCGGGUCAAUGCCUGAACCCAACGAGCAAUAUUCAGCCACUGGCAUCUCGCCAACACAGAUGGGCGCAUCUGCUCUUGGAACACAAAAAAGAGCGUACAGGCAGCGAAGGAAAGAUCCUAGCUGCGAUGCCUGCAGAGAGCGCAAAGUCAAGUGUGAUGCUACUGAGACUUCCAGCUGCUCCGAAUGCUCAAGUCGUGGUGUUAAAUGCCAGUUUACAAAAGAGACGAACAGAAGAAUGUCGUCGAUAAAACAAGUACAAGAUCUCCAGAACCAGUUGUCGGAAGCCAAACAGCAGAUCAACCAGCUCCGUUCAAUGUUGGACACAGUACAUCAAGAAACUGGCGAAAGCCAACAAGGCCCCAUCAUUUUGCCAUCGCUUGAUCAACGGAGGCCCGAGAGGGAGCAGAAGCCUCCAAAUGUGCCAAAUUUUGAUCAUGUCCGUCGAAAUAUCCAGAAAUACAGCCGAGGAGUUUUUAAAAUACCACCAACGCAUCGCUAUCCAACAUCUACACCGUUGAUCAACUCUUCGGAGCCAAAUGUUCCGCCAACCGAAACAGUUGAAGACCUUCUUAGGACAUAUCAUAAUCAAGUACAGCGCCAGGCUCCUAUGAUACAUUGGCCAACAUUCAUACAACAGUGGGAGAAGGUUCGUGACGCCGGAAACUUCAUGGGCGUACCGCAAACCUGGGUUGCUCUAUUCUUCAUUGUUCUUGCAUGUGGUACUUUACAAGCAUCAUCCAAAGCAAGCGCUGACACGGAAGGGAUGCGCUACUAUGUGAUCGCAGCUCGUCUUCUUAAUACGUGGACAGACAACUUGCAAGUAGACCAUGCCAGGGCGGCCCUGUUAAUCAGUGUCUUUCUUUACGAGCAAAACAUUCGGUCUGCAUCCUGGGUUUGGCUCGGUACGGCUAUUCGCAUGUCGCAAGAAGUCGGUCUGGAAUGCGACGAGGGUCCUUGGUCAGCUAUCGAGCUGGAAGGCCGGACAAGGACAUAUUGGGCAAUAGUUUGUUGGGACAGGCUACUCGCCCUCCAAGAAAACAAGCCAUUCUACAUGAACAUAGGCGAGACUGACGAACCCUGGCCGACCGCUGUCGGAGAUCACUGGCUACAGCCGAGAGGAAACUUAAGACCUCCCGAAAACGUUCCAGGAUUCAGCACGGUCGGCAUUGUCAUACCUGUCAUCCGAUUUGUGGGCCAACUAAUGAAAUCGCUUCGAGCCAAAACGAUAACCAGGGAUGUUAUGCAGACGUACGACGAGUACUUUCGAUCUAUGCAUAAUUACUUUCCAGAGCAACUUCAGUCGCAUUCAGACACUUGGCUGGAGCCGUUUGUCUUUAGUUCGAUUGUACCGUUGUUGAUGGUACGGUUCCAGCUGUACCGACAUAACCUGAACAUCUAUGCCACCCCUCAAGAACGAGCCGAAGCCCUGGAGAGAUGCCAUUCCGUGGCUUUCGACACCGUCAGGUAUUUGAUGCGGACAAUGCGAACCCCACCAUCGUCUCCGCAGAGAACAGCUUUGGAUCACGGAUCGCAGUCGUGGAAGGAGAUGCUCAAUGCCGUUGCCCACAAUCUUCUCUGCCGCCACAUUUGGCGCUGUACCCUACUUCUGUGCUUUCGAGGGGACUUCAGGUCUGCGCAGACGUGCGUGCAUUUUUCCAAGGCCAUCGGCGACGCCCGCAAAUUGAACAUCGCCUGCGGGCGAAACUUGGCCUUCUUCCUCGAUCGUCUGACCGAGCGGACAGCCAUGGGCGCGUCGCAGCAAGAAAUCGAAGCCGAUCUCGAACUGAUGGCGUACGCGUCGGGGGACCUUCAGGGCAACGCAGAAAGCGGCUUCGUCUGGUCGGGCGUGCACGCGACCGUUCCGGAAAGGGUCAACGUCGGAGGGCCGUCUUCGCUUCGGUCGCUUCUGGAGGACGAGACAAACGUGUCCGCCCUUCUCACGGACAAGGAGGCUGCGGACUGGGGCGGGUGGGAGCACGUCGAACGGCAGAUUGUGCGUCUGAUUGACGAGCAGAAUCGGCGCCAACAGGCGCAGCAAUUCCGUCCGCUGAACCUGACGCAGUCGCCCGUGUACCAGCGCGCCGCGCACAUGGACACAAUGCGUUCCUCAGGAGCGCCUUCUGAGCGCACGCCGAGCCCAGGAAGUGCCGCAGGACCGGGCGCGAAUUCGACCAGAGGCAGCACCCCUCCCACCGGAGCAAGCCGCAUCAGUAUUGCCAACAUCAUCUGAGCCUGUCCGUUUACCGGACUGUCAUCCUCGUCAUCAUAAUCACCAUCUCGUCGGCGGGAUUUUGUUAACCGAAAAAGGGAAGAGAAGAAAAAAAAAAGUACAUGCUCUGGAUACCAAUUUCCUUACGGCUUCAUUGACGAACGUCUUAACCGGUUCAUUAGCGAGCUGCUGAAAAGCCCAGAGCGUGCUCGCUUAUGAUCUGGUUGUAAAUUGCCUUCGUACAGGAGUCCCAAUAUUGCUAAUGACAUGGGGAUCGGUUGCGCGUCAGGACGCGCCUUUUUCUCCUUCCCCUCCCUGUGCCAACGUUUUAGAAUCAGGGCUUUGUGGUAAACAUUGUUUUUUUCCCCUUGUGUGUUUUAGGGUUUUUUUUUUUUUUAGCGAGCAGGACAACUAGGUUUACGAUUGUUUUAUAACCGUGAUAUGAUGGAAAUUUCGAACGUAGGGCAUUCAAUGGAUGACAAAAAUGGGAUGGUGGCUUGGUCAACUCUGGUGGAUUCGGCAUACCGAGGAUAGUCUGCUAUAGAUUCUGGCGUUGUUGGUUCAUCCUACGAUGGGGUUCCUUUUGUUUCACAAUGAUGUUCCUGGCUCGAAAUCCAAAAGGCUGUAAGGCUUCCGUGUUUACGGGUGAGGCGAGGAUGAAACGUCAAACCACACAGGUAGAUCACACAUUGACGUACAUCAUACAUGAUUCGAAAUGUCA